AGAGGUACGAGGCAUAUUCAAUUGAAUGCACUGAUGGAGUAUGGGCGAAUCGAUCGGGCGUGCAGCUGUGCUCGGACGGAGAGCUGAGCCGCCUUCGCUCGUCCCGGGCUCCGCGACUGCCUCCCUUCUCCUUACAUACACUUAUCCCGCCCUCCCCUCGGUCCUCGUCCCUCUUCUCUCUCUACCACCACCCCGUCCCACGCAACGACGACAGGUGUCUCCCAGACGAUCACGCAGAUGCCUCCCGUGGUGUCAGCUACCGACUCCGGCGUGGACCGCAAUGCCCUCCGCGUUCUCGUAACUGGCUUCGGACCAUUUGGGAAGUACAAGGAGAACCCUUCAUGGCUCGCCGUCAAGCCCCUCCACAACACCGUCCUCUACACCGACCCGCCUUCCGACCUCAUGACGCCCAACGACAAUUCAGCGAUGAUGAUCACCGACGAGAUGGAGGCGUUCUUCAGCCGCCCACAGCAAAUCCACAUCACCACACUCGAGGUGCCCGUCUCGUACCAAGCCGUGCUCAGCACCGUCCCCGGCCUGCACGCCCGCCCGCCCGUACUCCCCCGUUCGAGCGACCCCGCGUUCGCUGUCCCGCAACCCCCACCCAACGGGUUCGACUUCAUCUUCCACGUCGGCGUCGCGGGGCGCGGCCCGCUCCGCAUCGAGCGUCUCGGCCACAAGAACGGAUACAGGAUGAAGGACGCCGACGGCGAGUACGCCCCGAUCGUGCACCUCCCGAAGGACCCUAUUCGCGACAGCGCGGACGCGGAGCUCGAGCGCAUGGAGCGCAUGCUUGUGGGUGCGUCGCUCCCGGGCCCGAGCGGUCCUGAGGGUCCGGGGCCGGUAGAGGUCAUGGAGAUACCGCCGGUGCCCAACCGCGGGUUCGGGAAGGGCUACGAGAACUUCCCGGACGAGCUGUCGGCGGAGAUCGACGUGCCCAAGCUGAUCGUGCACCUGAAGGAGAACGGGAUUGACCAGGUGUAUUCGUCGAUGGACGCGGGGCACUUCCUGUGCGACUACAUCUUCUACUGCUCCUUGGCCGAGGCACGGCGGAACAUCACCCCGCAGGAGAAGUUCAAGGAGAGGAGCACGCCGCCGAAGAGCACCCCUGUGCUCUUUAUGCACUGUCCCCCCGUUGAGCAGCCGAUCAGCACGGAGCAGGUCACCGAUGCGAUACAAAGGAUCAUACUCUGGGUAUGCGGCCGGCUGCACCAGCAGUGAAGCUCGACGCUUCUACCAUUCUGGUACCCUCAUUUCCCCCUUUCCCGCUGGUGUUUACGUUCAGAGUUCGUGAUAUGUCGCCGGUAUCGAUAUUGAAGUCGCAGUUGCUUGAUGAUAGUACUGUUAUGUAUGCUCCGUUGUUCCCGCUGUCGCAUUGUGUUAUACCACGCAAAUCCCAUUGGCC